GUCAAUGAUGGAAACUUUACAAUCGCGCCACCGUCCGGCGUGGACGUCCUGCCCUAUUAGCUGUUUAAACUUCGUCGGAGUAUGGACGGUGUUAGUUUCCCUGCUCAGCAUGAGCGUGAACGGACAACACGGAUUACUUUCCCCGUCUCUGGGCUUCGAGGAGGAACCCCCCGAGCGGUACCACUUUCUCAACACCCUGGGCGGAUCCUUGCGCUGCCGGGGUCACGGCUCACCCUCGCCCUCGCUCUGGUGGAUCCACGGGGACGAUUUGAACGGCUCGCUAUCCUCGUCGUCGUGGACGGGCAGCGUCGGCGUCAUGCUGUCCACUCCCGCCGCGUUGUCCGAAGUGCCCGGCCUGCGCCACACGAGCGCUGACGGAUCGACGCUCCUCUUCCCGGCGUUCGGGGCCUCCGAGUACCGCGCCCACGUCCACUCCACGUCGUACCGCUGCGUCCUCAGCAACGCGCUCGGAAAGAUGGCCAGCCGUGCCGUAAGGGUGCGAGCAGUUAUCCAGCAAGAGUACGAAGUGAACGUGCACGAUGGCUUUGCUACAAGGGGGAGCACUGCCGUGCUGACCUGCCAGAUACAGCCGGCGGCGGCCAAGGACUAUACGAGUGUGCUUUCAUGGCUCAGAGACGACAAGUACCUCAUUACGGCCGAAAGCCAGACACAAGGGAAGUACGCACUGUACCCAAGCGGUGAACUUUACAUCCACGAUGUGGAUGAACGCGACGCCGAGCGCUCCUACCGGUGCCAAGUGCUGGAUCACACCACGAACGCAACGAAAGCCAACACGAGGCCUGCCAGGAUCAUAUUGCAAGGGCCCAGAAAGUCUGAGUCUCCCCGAGUCAUAUCGUGGACGAAGGAGGUGACAGUUGAAGAGGGAGAGCCCGCAACACUAAGUUGCGCUGCACGCGGAGUGCCACUGCCGGCUUACCACUGGUUUAGGCAGUCCGGUGCGGACAUGCGGCCUUUGCUGUCCACUUCGACACGCGGUUCCCAGUCUUCCACCUCAACUGCGGGACACCAUCAGGGACCUGCGUCCUCGUCCCGAGGCACACUGUCGCUCGGACCUGCGCAUGCUCAAGACGCGGGUCGCUACGUGUGCCUCGUAAACAACACCUACGGCGAGGACAGAGUUUACGUCACGGUUAACGUCAGGGGUGCACCUCUCGUAAGCGUGCAGCCCCGAUUUCAGCGAGUUCCCCUGGGUGCGUCUGUCACGCUGACGUGCAAUGCCACGGGAGGCGGGGCCGGCGUGCUCGCCCGGGAGCUUCGCUGGUACCGCAACCUCGUGCCCGUCCAGCCCUCGGCUGCUGACAGGGUUCGCUUAUUGGGCUCCUCGGUGCUGCAGCUGGGAUCAGUCAAGGACGGCCAGGAAGGCAUCUACCAAUGCUUGCUCGACAGCACGAGGGAAUCGGCUCAGUCAUCCGCAAUCGUCCUGCUCAUGGUUACCAAGCCCGAGCUGACAGUGACCUUCACCGAGCAGAACACGUACCCGGGCAGCUUCGUGUCACUCAAGUGCGCCGCGCGUGGUCACCCGAUGCCUCGCGUGACGUGGACAUUGGACGGCGGGCCCGUGCCGUCCUCGCGGCGCGUGCUACGAGGAGAUUUCGUCACCGAGGACCACGUGGUGCACAGCUUCGUCAACCUGACGUCGGCCAACGUGACGCACGGCGGCGAGUACGCCUGCCAGGCCGAGAACGAGGCCGGCCGCGUCGCCCACGCGGCCUGGCUGAACGUGCUCGGGCCGCCCACGCCGCUCCCGCCGCGCAACCUCACCGUGCUGUCGGGCGAGACGCUGAGCCUCGCGUGCCCCGUCAAGGGACACCCGUUCGCCUCCUUCACGUGGUACAAGGGCGCCCACGCGAAUCGGACCCUGGUCGACGGCCAGCGGUACCGGAUGAACACCCAUGGGCGUUUAACGAUCCACGACGUGGACCGAAAAACUGAUGAUGGCGUCGUGGUUUGCUCAGCCACUAGUCCCGAUGGUCGCACUGCAGAGGCUCAAGUGAACCUCCACGUUGCUGUGCCCCCUACAAUCGCCCCGUUCUCGUUCCCUGCCUCGGUGCGUGAGGGGGAGCGUGCGACUGCCCACUGCUUCGUGUCUUCGGGCGACCGGCCAGUGUCACUAUGGUGGCUCAAGGACGGCCACCCCCUGCAGCCUGGCCUGCUAGACGUCAAGCCGCAGCUUAUGAACGAGUUUCUCUCAGUUCUCUACUUCGAGAGCAUCGCCGAAGAACACAACGGAUCCUACACCUGCGUCGCUAGCAACCCGUACGCUCGCACAAACGCCUCCGCUCAGCUAGUCGUGCAGGUGACCCCCAAGUGGGUGUAUACCCCAUCCAGCACCAACGCCCUCAAGGGAAGCACCAUGCGAUUCGACUGCCAAGCUGACGGCUUCCCGACGCCAGUGAUUCGCUGGAAGAUGUCAACAGGAGGGGUCUCCAGUGGUUUUGUGACCAUACGGAGCAACGCCAAACUCCAAGUGCUGGAAAACGGCUCCCUUGUCCUCCAACACGUGGACGCUUCUGACGCUGGCGUCUACCUCUGCCAAGCCACCAAUGGCGUGGGGCCAGAGCUCACGCACGAGGCCAAGCUAACAGUUUCCGUCCCUGCCACCUUUAUCACCAGCUCAAUGUCGGUGACAUCCCGUAAGGGAGACAAAGUGCACCUGCAGUGCGACUCCAUUGGCGACCCUCCACUCACCAUCACGUGGUACCGUGACAACGUGCUCCUUGACAUGGACAGACACCCGAGGUACACAGUCAAUGAUCACGAACGGGAGGAUGGCAUGGCGUCUCAGCUACUGCUCCGCGACGUCAGGACAAAUGACACUGGAACUUACGCCUGCAAAGUUGCCAACAGCCAUGGCAAGGACGAAAUGUUCAUCAAGCUCACCGUACAAGAGGCGCCCUCUCCACCGACCAACGUCCACGUAAGCCAUCUAGCCAGUCGGUCGGUUUCUAUACGUUGGAGCGUACCUUUCGACGGAAACUCACCCAUCACGCAGUAUGACCUCAAGAUACACUCUUCAAGAGACGGCACUUCACGUGUGAUACCUAUUCCUGGAACCCAGCUAGAAAUGACACUGGACAGCCUGAGCCCAAACUCUGCGUACAGAGUCGAAGUAGUCGCUGUCAACGGUAUUGGUACGGGCACUCCCAGCGAGCCUCUCUUCUUUACCACCGACACCGAAGCACCAUCCACGAAGCCGAUUGAUCUGAAAGUCAUUCCGCUCAACGCAUCUAGCCUUCGCGUAACUUGGAAGAUGCAGCAAGGUGACAGCAAAAUCACAGGCUACUAUGUUGGAUACAAGGCAGAAGCUGACGGAAGAGCGGAAUCAUUUGUCUACAAGACGGUCGAGUCUCGUCCAGGGAAGAGCCAAGAGUGCGACAUAAAAGACCUGCGUCCGGGUACUAAGUACACGGUUGUCGUUCAGGCCUAUAAUGGGAAGGGACCCGGACCUACGUCGGAGGAGACUGUCGGAGAGACUCAAACAUCUGAUAUGGCUUCGCUUUUUCGUGUGACCGUCAACUACACGUCGUCAACGGAAAUACGUGUAAUUUGGCACGACAUCAUCGGGUCACGGCAUGGUUACAAGCUCUUUCUUCGACCAAACGCCAGUGACUGGGAAGCAUACAAGGUACCAGGAACCACGAAUGGGUACACAUUCAACAACCUGCGCUGCGGGACGCGCUAUGAAAUCUACGUCGAAGCGGUCGGCGACAGCAGGCCUAGGAUGACCUCCAUUAUCACUGCCAGUACUAAAGGCUCCGUGCCAGUAGCCCCGGCGCACCAGCAGCCGCUGCUGGUGGACAGCGAGAACGUGCCGCUCGACCUUGAGGCUUUCGGAGACGGUGGUUGCCCCAUCGGUCACUACGUGGUCAAGUACCGGGCGCUGGACGACGCCGAGUGGACGGUCGUGUCCAAGGAGGGCAGCAAGGGACACGUGGUGGCACUGAACAACCUGGAGAGAGGACGUCGCUACAAGCUCCUUCUCGGGGCAGCCAACUCGGCUGGAUACACGGAACGGCUGUACGACAUGCACGUGGCGCCCGCCGCCAGCAAAGGCGUAUCGGAGACUUCUACGAGUGCGGCAUCUCAGCAAGAGAUGCACCGCAAGCUGGCUGUGGUGACUUCAAUUGUAUGCUCUGUGGUGGUGCUCAUUGUCAUCAUUGUGGCCGCUUGCGUAGAGCUGGGGCGCAGGAGAAGAAGAGAGCGUGCUGAAGCUGCCGCCUCAGAAAUAUACGCCGAACCCCGCCUGAAACCCGCUUCCAAGUGCGAGGAGGUUGCGCUGGCCACUUGGGACAAACAGAAGGAGCCGCUGCCGACACCAGCUCGCAACGGCGAACUCCCGCAUCAUCAUCAGCAGCAGCAGCAACAGUUACAGCAGCAGCAGCAGCUGUACGCACCCUGUCCGUACGGCACCUCGUCGGCCCGAAUGCGGCCGCACGUCGCCGAGGGCACUCUAGGAAGGCGCCAGCACACUAGGGCAGACAUCGUCGAGGAAUUCUACGAUAUGCCGCUGCCGCCGUAUGCCGUCCACCGACACUUCAUCCGGCUGGAGUCUUUACCGGUUCAUUGUCUCGACAAAGAGUCUCGCCUGUAACUAAAAACAACACACUGCUCAAAAAGGGAUUUCGGUGCUAAUAGUAAUUAAUUUGGCAUGGUAGUACCAAAUCACGUGCAUCUCCGUGAAACGUGUGGGACCGAGGACCAUCCCGUGAAUCCGUCACUUCGAGGAUAUUGAAACCGAGGAAUUUCUUCGAGGCGCUGGAAGCCGCCCACUCUCGCAGAGCCGGGAGAACCAAAAAUACCUGCUUUUGUGUAAGUGAAAAGUGUGUCUGUGUGUGCCAGAACAACUACGGCGUCUUUGACUUGCGUGCUGAAGCAAAACUGAAGAAGAUAUGAAGAGAAAGAACUGUGUCGGUUGUUUCGCGCCUGAGACGUACGACAGUGAUCAAGCGAGACUCGAGAGGUGGACAACGUCCUGCAGUGAACGCAGCUUGGCUGCCGCCGUGUGUGCUCAUAGUAUAGUGUGCAUUUUCAACUUGCGGGUCGUCUGUAUAGGUUCAAGCAAGAACGCUCCCCAACCCUUCAUUGCGCGUAGACUCGAUUGUGAUAUGACGGACGCUAUCUGUGGUGCAGCGUAGUGUAGGUGGCCGGUUGGAAGCGGCCUUAAUUACUUUGGUCGCCCGACACCUGACUUUGACAGUCACGAAGCGUGACUGCAACAUUUCUUGGACUCAACAUUUCGACUGUGGUUCAUGCGUAAAAGAUGCUGUUCGUAGAUGUCCACUAUAAUCGAUCGCUUUAAAGUAUGUUGUUCCAGGCGCGUUGUUGCAGGCAGCACCUAAAAAAACUAUAACAGAGACUGAAUUUAUUAACCGUCAGCGUCAUUAACCUCCUUGUUUAGUGUUGAUUGUUUGUUAUAAAGCACUCUGAAGAGCAAAA